UGGACUGGCCUUCUCCAAUCUCCAUCUCCCCCGUCUGCUCUUCCUGAAUCCCGUCGAGUCCACUCCAAUCCAAACGCACAAAGACCCGUCGUCGCCCAAGGCCCAACUGUUUUUCUUACUAGAUCUUCCAUUCUUCCCUCGCUUUCCAGACGCGAACAAUUGGAAAAUAUAUCUAAUUAUCCUUUGAACUGAGUCGUGUCCGCUACGUUACUGAUUCCGACUCCUGAGUGAUGGCUACUGUACUGAUGAGCUUUGAUUUCAUUUCCUGAUAAUUCUUCACUAUCCUGCUUCUUCCAAAUAUUGAAUUUCCACCUUCUUCUUCUUCUUCUUAUUCGGGUGGCUGCUCCCUAUAAAUAUGGCACCGACUGGAGGUAGAACAUUGCGAGGUUGUCUUACUCCGGAGCGUGAACGUUUCGUUUUCUUGGCGCCAUCCAAGUUAAAUUUAGGGCUUCUGAAUUUGUCUCACACUGAUGUGAUUGGAUUUCAUCGGAGGAUUAAAACCACGGGGCUCUCCCUUGCCAAUCUUAGAUCGACAUUCUUUCCGCCAAUUAAGGCGAUUGAAGAGCGGAAAACGGCCUAUGUAAAUGGAGACGCCAGUAAUGCUGCAGGCUGGAAUGGAUCUGGAUUGGAUUCCCCAGCGGACUUCACUGACGACUGUGCUGGAGCUUCUGGGGAAAGUCAUGAAACAAUAUAUAAUGUUGGAAGUUCUACAAAUAUUGUGUGGUAUGAAUGCUCCAUUGGGAGGCUUGAAAGGCAAAAAUUACUUCAGCAAAAAGGAUGUGUCAUAUGGAUUACAGGUCUCAGCGGUUCAGGAAAAAGCAGUGUAGCAUGUGCCUUGAGCCGUGGCUUGCACAAUAGGGGAAAGCUCUCUUAUGUGCUUGAUGGUGACAAUGUUAGGCAUGGCCUAAACAGUGAUCUGAGUUUCACAGCAGAAGACCGUGCGGAAAACAUUCGAAGGAUUGGGGAAGUAGCAAAACUGUUUGCGGAUGCUGGGGUGAUUUGCAUUACUAGCUUGAUAUCUCCCUAUAGAAGGGAACGAGAUGCCUGCCGUGCAAUGAUGACAGAGGGAAAUUUUAUUGAGGUUUUCUUGGAUGUGCCACUGCAUGUAUGUGAGGCAAGGGACCCUAAGGGAUUGUACAAGCUUGCACGUUCUGGAAAGAUCAGAGGUUUUACUGGUGUUGAUGACCCAUAUGAGCCGCCUUUGGAUUGUGAGAUAAUACUGAAGCAAAAGAGAGGCUGUUCGUCAGCAUGUGACAUGGCCAAAGAAGUGAUAAUGUACUUAGAGGAAAAGAGAUUCCUGCAUGCCUAAAUACACAUUUACUACUGAAUUACUUAUUUCUUGUUCAUUGAGGCAGCUAUUCAACUUUGUGAAAUGCAAUAAAUUAGGGAACUUCUGGUUCCUUCUCUCCAUGCUUAGAUUGCUUCCUGAUUCUACAUUAAUUAAUCGAUCGAUUAAUUAAUAUCAUUGUUUAUGCUGUGGUUUGGCUGUUGCUCUGUGCCCUACAGAUCUGUUCUCUGUGAUUGUAAUAAUGUGGAACUGGUUUUGUAGAAUAUAGCAUCUGAUCAACAGUUGUGUUUGUAAGAUUAUUGGUCUAAAUUAUCAUUUCUGUAAGAAACUUUCUUUCCUUUAUUCAGGUAGUCAUGCUACCAUUUGAUCUAUA